AGCCAGAUGUUGUGACCAAAUUUCGUCUGUUGGGCAUUGUUGUGAUUGGGGAGAAUUACGUAGACUAGGUUAGGUGUGUUGUGUAAAAGUAAACUAUAGUGUUAAAUAGCCGAGUAUUGUUAGCGUAUUGCUGGUGAAUUAGAUUUCCAUAAAAUCUAAAAAGCACGUUUAUUAGAAUAACAUUUGUUUGACACAGGCAAAAUUGAAUGAGUUAACUCAGUGGCCGUGAGUUUGCUACAUUUGAAUUAAAACAACAAUAAUUAGUAAAUAUGUUACUUCCUAGGCAUAUGUUUAAAUGCAUCCAUGCUGUUAUUUGAUCACCAAGAAGUUCAGACUCGAUUCGAGGCCUAGCUUAUCGAGUUUUUUUAGGCUAGUAGUGUUGAAACUAUUUGUCUUUUAGUCUGUUAUGCCAAUUAUAUUUUCAAGAGGCUAGAUAAGACAAUCCAAAGAUAUUGUUUUGAGGCUUAUUUACAAUGGUCCCUUUAAAACUUUUAAAAACCAGACUUUUGAUUGCCCUUUUAUUAUUUUUAAGUGUGUGGCUCACUUACCAAUACAUGGAAAGUAUGCUUUUGCAGUCAUCUGUUGAGAAGGAGAAAUUUCCCCAGCUCAGUGGUGGCAAGAAGGUUUUGGUCACUGUGUUUUAUGAGUGUUUGUGCCCUGACUCCAAGAGCUUUAUUCACAAUCAUCUUCUUCCAUCCUUUGAGAAGGCACCUCACUUGCUCCAGCUACAUCUGAUACCUUAUGGGAAAGCUGAGACUCGAUUGACUUCGAGGGGAAGUUACGAGUUUGAGUGUCAACACGGUUCCUCAGAAUGUUUUGGCAAUAAGGUGCAUGCCUGUGCUAUCAACAAAGUUGAGGACGAAAUGAAGAGUCUACGAGUAAUCUCCUGUCUGAUGGAGGACCACGGAGACAUUGAAGGUGCAGGAGCUGAGUGCUCUACCAAGUUUGGUGUGAACUGGAGCCCAAUUCUAGACUGUGCCAAGGGUAAGGAAGGAAAUGACUUACUCAAGGAACAUGGAGACUCUACUAACGCUCUCAAUCCAAAGAUCUCAUUCGUGCCCACAAUACUUUUGAACCAUAAACGAGAUGGACAGCCAGCUAUUUUGAAAAACUUAUGGAAGGAGAUUUGCAGAAUUCUACCAGAGGCUCCUGAAUGCAAAUGAUAACGCCGACUCAAAACUGAUGACAGAUUCCAAGACUGAACAGCAUUUCUUGACAAGAACAGGAAAACAAUAGAAUUUAUUCUAUUUAUUGAUAGAAAUUUUAAACAUGCUUAGUACUAAAUUAGGAUCAGCAUAAAAUGUUUACGAAUUUUACUAUGAUUUGUUAGAAUAUUAUUUUAUUAGUUUACUUUGAAGAAAACCUGAACAUGUUAAUAUUUGACAAUAUUAAAUUCAAAUAUAUAAGUACAUGAUAUUAGACAAAGAUUUUUUGUUUAGUCAAAUAUGUGUUGCCUAUGUACAUUUAGUAGUUAAUAGUGAAGCAAGCUCCAAAUGACAAAGAUAGAAACUUAUAGAUAUUAUAUAAAUAUUAUGAUGUUAACGAGUCUAGAACAAUAUCUCAUAGAGUGAAGCAAUCUAUUAUAUUAAUGUAUCACCUGGUCAGAGUACGAAGUUUGUUUAGAAAGGAACUAACCUUCAACUAUAUCUGGUAUUGAGAGCAAGUAAUUGUCCUGGUGGAGUAUGUUUAGUAGAGGGGAAAUCGUCCAGUUAUCUCUACCUCAUGGUGUUGGCACUCUGCCACAUGAUUGAUCAGUUUCUUUUCUUGGUACAUUUUCAUACACUAGCAUUGUUCCAUAUGACAGAACUGUUAAUUUGCAUCCAAUUUUCCUCCUGUUAUUCUUGAUUUUAGAGUUUUGAUUUAUUUGAUAAGGAAAGCCGUUAAUUAGUCUAUGGGGAAUUUACAAAUAAAAUAUUGUAUUGGACCAGUGGAGACUUUACACCUAGAUCCUUUACCAUGACAGUGUACUGACUCACACAUUCUAGUUUUAUCUAACAUUUCUUGGUGAAUCAUGACAUAAAUUAACUUGUCAGCAACUCCACAUAUCUGGUACAAGUCCCUGUGAUUUUUGUAUUUACAAAAUUAGACAAUAAUCCGUUAGGAGAUGUAUCCUUAGAUCAGUUAGGAUACAUCAUCAAAUUAGAUUAUGUCUGUUUAAAAAGUGACAAAAUAUUCUAAACUGUGAAGAGGUUGAGGUUAUAACUUUGAUCCUGACAAUGCACUAGUUCAUUCAUUCAGUUUUACGCACUAUUUAUUGGUAAAACAUGACAAAAAUCAACUUUUCAGUAUCAAUGAGCAUUUUCCCUAAAGACUUGAUAAAACUCACUUGAACUAUUUGUAUUCUUAAAAUUAAAACAUUUUCUGAAAGAAACAAAUAUAAAUUGCAACUCUUUCGAAGAAUGUUCUUUGUUGUGGAAGGAAUGAAGCUCUGUUACCACAGAGUGUUUUUUUAUAUUGUCCGGACAAACUUCAUAUAUUGAAUUAUUAAAUGUUAAUUAGAAGUUCUAGUUGCUUGGACCAGAAUGAAAGAGGUACAAUGUUGAGUUAUUAGUGAUCAAGGCUCAUUGUAAACAUAUGCUACCAAAAGUUUGGGUCCAGAUUCGCUCUAUUUGUGUAUACUGUAAUUUAUACAAUUCCUUUUUAAUAUUUGUGUUAUCUUGCAUUUAGAUAUUACCUGUAAGGGCACAAUGUGUUUGUUGUAUUUUUAAUAAAUUUGGAGUUUAGCAAGAUAGUUGUAAAAGCUGUGAUAGACUGGAUUUUUAACUUAUAAAUUAUAAGAUGCUUGUGUUUAAAUUAAUAUAUUUAAAAUGCUCACUUUAUAGUGUGUAACUGGUGUAUUCUGUAUAUAUUAUGUCCAGUUUGAUUUGAUUUGUUGAAUUAUCUAGUGUAAUGGUUAACAGUAUUAACUUAUCCAGUUUUUCUUAUUAAAGUUUUAUAAAAUUUA